AUGGAGAACGUGAAAUUAUCUUUCCAAGGCAAAGUCAUAAGUAUCUCUCCUCCUCGGAGGAUUGAAGACUUAAUAACUUUAUGCAAAAAUCAAUUCGACGCAUCUCGUCCAACUUUUAAAUACCUAGAUGAAGAUGAAGAACUAAUCACAGUUCAAACCCAGCUGGAAUAUGAAGAAGCGCUUAUCUGGGUGAUCGAGCUUAAUGCAAUUAUCCAAGUCGAAGACCUCGGGACCUUAGGUCAAGCUAAAUCCUCACAAUUUAUUGAUGAUCUUCCACUACUGAGAUCUCAGAUAACCAAUGAGCCUCUAAUAGAAGAGUCUAUAGUGGUUGAAGAAGUUAAACUAGACAGGUCAAGUAGCCCCAUUCCUAAUGUCUCUGAUAAAUGUAUAGGUGGGACCCCUAAAAUAGAUGCUAUAAAUCAGAUUGUCCCAGAACCGAAAAUAGACGCUGGAAAUGGAACUGUUAUUAACACUCAUGAAAUGGCUAGCGGGAUAAAUACUCAAGAUGAAGCUAUUAUUACCAAUUCUAUAGAAGUUCUUGAUAAAUCGUGUGAGCCAAAUGUGCCAUUGACUGAUGUAAAACAAAAUGGGCCAGAAUCAGUCGACAGUUCUCAGAAUACUGAUAUAAAGAAAAAUCAAGAAACUGGAAUGGAAAUCGUCCAUGUUUCCUCUAUUGAUUCAGCUACUGUUCCAAUUGUGUCAAACCCAGUUUCUAUACAGUGUGAUAGAGCUUCAUUUGAAGAAGAAUUAAGAAAAAUUGUCAGGGAAGAAGUCAAAAAUGUAGGAAGUCUCCGGUUCAGCCAAAUUGCUCACGCUGGGGUUUCAUGCAAUGGCUGUGGGAUCAAGACUAUUUUUGGGAUUCGAUAUAAGUGCAACCAAUGCAAAGAUUUUAACCUUUGUGAAGCUUGUGAAGAGAACAGUGACCACGAGCACAAUUUAUUGAAAUUUAAAAAACCAGAAGAAAAGAAAAAAUCUGUUGCAGAGGAAAUGACUGAAAAAAUAAAAGCUAUGGGAUUCAAAGAUGAAGAAAGAGUCAAAAAUUUAUUGGAAAGCCAUCAUUAUAACCUUAAUGAAACCGUAAUGGCUCUUUUGCAGUAA